AUGGAAAACAACUCUACUUUAAUGUUCUUUAUUCUUUCUGGGCUGCAGGACUCUGAAGUUUACAAACCUCUGUACUUCUGGUUGGCAUUUGUCCUUUACAUCCUUAUAAUUGUAGCCAACUUAACUUUAAUCUUUAUCGUGACUGUGGAUAAAAGCCUCCAUGAGCCCAUGUACAUUUUCAUCUGUAAUUUGUGUGCAAAUGGACUUUAUGGGACUGUUGGUUUCUAUCCAAAAUUUUUGCUUGACCUGCAAUCUGAUGUUCACACGAUAAGCUACAGUUGGUGCGUAAUUCAAACGUAUGUUAUUUAUACCUCCGUAAUGUGUGAAAUCACAGUUUUAACAGUGAUGUCUUAUGACCGGUUUGUGGCUAUAUGCAGACCACUGCAAUACCACAACAUUUUGACUCCACGUGCUGUGUUAAAGUUGCUUGCUUUAGCCUGGACUUAUCCUCUUUUGGUUUGUAUGUCAUCCAAGGAGGGUAAAACAAAAUUUACCAAAACUUGUGUGCCUCACAUUUUGGUUUUAGUAAUCUUUUCCAUGACAGCACUCUUUGAUGUGUUUUACAGCUGGGAUGGCUCUAAAAAUCUUCCUGUUGCCGUACGUAAUGCAUUGUCUUUGCAGUUUGUGAUUAUUCCUCCACUACUGAACCCAAUAAUUUAUGGCCUACAACUUCCACAGAUUCGAAAAAUGCUGAAGUACUCAUGA